GUAGUUUAUUUUUAUUUGAACCAGAAAAUGAUGUUCACUGUAGCAUCUAAAUUGUUGAUACAGAUUUGCUUGUUGGCUGUUAUUCAUCCAUACAUCUUUGAGUGUCUAGAAAGCUGCUCAGAUAUUGGUAAAUUCGAACAGAAGAAAUACGCAAAGACAAUCUUUGAAAAUGCGUCAUAUAAAAAAGUGGAUAAUUAUUAUUAUUGCCAGAUAUUGCGUCGUCAACAACCACGACCAGUCGUGGAAGGAAAUUUCGUUCAACUGAUUGAAGGCUCCGCACCAAAUUUGCUUUUCCCGAUUAAAUAUUAUGGCAUGAAUUACGAUUCAAUUGAAUCAGUAAAAAGUGAAAUAUAUAUACCCAAGCCGAAAAAGGGUGAAAUAUAUGAAGGUGUAAUCUUUGCGAUUCCAGAUUUCUCAGUAUUACAAAAAACGGAAUAUUUGAGCACUAGUAAAUGCGAUGAAAAUAUAGUUGCCUACAGCACUAUAUUUACUCCAUCAUCAUGGAUGACGUCUGGCACGUUAGUGGAGUAUGAACCGACGACACAAUUUUGUUCAAUACAACAAUCGAAUCAAUCAUGCUUCGCUGCAACAACGUCCGAUUUCACAUGCUACUGGUGUCCAGUAGUUGACAAAUGUAGCAAUGGGUACGACAGAUAUGCUGCAAUCUGGAAAGAGAAUGUUUGCCAUAGUAACAAAGAAAACUUAGCGAAUCCACCUGCCAAAUCUAGAUGGUACCUUCACGUUUUUAUUCCAACGGUUUCUUUGCUGGUGAUUGUAAGCGUUGUCGGCAUCUUUGCAUCAUGGAUAAAUAGGAGAAAAUCAAAUAAAAUCAACACGUAGAUGAAUUCAAGUGUAUGCGAGUUCAUUGGUACACUAAAUAAAUCAUUGUGUCAACAUAUAUCAGCAGUUUGUCUAUUUAAAAGUCAAUCCAUGUUAUGCACACUGUUCUUCUCAUUCACUUCCUAAUGACAAGCUACAACAGAGAAAUGAAAUCCAGUGCCGAUAAUUAUAAUUUUACUGAUAUUGUGUACUUUCCCAAGAAACAACCACCAACGAACUCAUCGCACGUUCAUUCGUGAAAUUCAUUUUUUUUUUAUUGUGAUAUCUUCUUACUAAGAUUUUUCAAUGUUCACUUAACAUUUUAUUUUUACUUGUCGGAACUGAUGUUCAUUUCUAUUGAUCUUUAAAUAUCUAUGCAUGUUCUGUAAUAAUAACUGUGUUUCAAUAUCUCUGUUAUUGUAAUCAUAUACUGAAACUAUUUUUGUCAAAAUAUAGAUCCGGUUAUGAAUUGACA